GACUGUGACUUGUCUUUUUACUCUUUUUAGUUCUGGCACUGACGAACCAGAUCUAUCUGCACCGCCAAUGAAUGGAUGGUGUUGUUGGCAACACGCUUCACUGCGAGUGCGAGUAGGUACCGCACUGACGAAGUGACAGUACUGUCACAACACUCAACAGUUAGCUUCUGCUUCUUUCUUGUUCAGUAUCAUUAUCAAUACAAGAGUUUGUGUCUUUUCUAGAGCAAGCCACACAGUCAUCAUUUAGCUGCUCAGGCGUUAUUUGUUAGUCACUGGUAACUCGUCUUGGUUUUGUCACCCGGAGCUAUUUACUCCGAAAGGCUGUUGUUACAACUGGUUGAAGGAAAGAACUAAGCCAUUUUAGACUUGGCGAGUGGGUGGAAGUUGUACCUGUUUUCGUAAUACAUGUACGUACCGAUACCGGUAAUUGAAAACUGAAUUCUCAAAGGCCCUUUUCCAUAAUGGAUACGAAUCGACGCACAAGCGCCGCCUCACAGUCACAAGAAGUGCAGUAUGAUGAGGUAGACUAUAGUAGACCAUGGCGAGGAACACCCAGCGUGCCUCACCUUCACUGCUUCAACGCCGGUCGUCCCAAGCGAAAUGGUUGGGUGGAGCCAUACGUCGGCCGUGUGUCCAUGCUCUCCUUGGCCAACGUGGAUGCCAGGGCGCAAGUCAUGGAAAUGGACCAGCUGCAACUGUACAGGAAAUUUGACCAUAACUUGCUAUGGGAUAAUUCGAUAUUACGCUGCGGCAUGAGGUUCAAAGGAAAGCAGACGAACAAUGGCUCGCGCUUCCACGUCGAUGUUGAAAUGCAGGAUAUCAACUUUGAUGCUGGCACAUGUAGCGGGUACAUGACGGUGCAGGGGAUCUCCGAGGACAUACCGGAGCUAGAGACAUUCUUUACUGGCCACAUCAUUGGAAAACAUCAUUCUUUCCACACUGGCCAAUGGGGAUCUACAUCCUCUGUGGAUCGAAAGCAUUGGAAAAAGUUUGGCCACUGGGAACGGUACGCGAAGGCCUUCCCUGAUGACACUAUUGACUAUGAACACAUGGGCCAUGACAAAGCAGUAUUCAUGAGGUGGAAGGAAAAGUUUCUUGUCGAAGACCACACCAAGACCCACGUGAGGGGAGCGUCGUUCGCUGGCUUUUACUAUAUCAUGUACGAUUGUGACAAGAACACUAUCAGCGGCUUCUACUAUCAUAAAGACUCUGACUGGUUUCAAACCCUGGAUCUUGCCCGAGAGGAGGAUGUUUCACCUAUGCACACAUAUGAGUACCGGUGAUGCCUCUGCUACCGGUUGGACCAUCCAUGAUCUGCAACCGCGUUCUGGAGUAUUGAUGAUAGUUCUGCCACUGUUCAGAACUUCCCCAGACGUGGUAGCUCGUGCCUUGCUUGUACCAAAACUCUUCCCACGUCUAGCCUGCUCUAGAGAUUGUGUCAUGUGACAUGCCAGUGACCAAUGGUGGUAGUGGUGGUUGUCAUGUAAACCCGCAUCAUGUGACCCCCGUUGAUCGUGCCCAUGUCGUCUUGUGGGAUGAGUAGCUGUCGUGUUCUCGGGCGACAUGUGUCUCAUAUCCAGGGUGACCUUAUUCAGUCUUGCCGCGCCUAUGCUGCAACUGGGACACACCUCCUGAUAAUCCCAAGUUUUUCUCCUACUCAAUAUGUGCUUAUGUGGGCACUAGAGAUGAACAGACGGUGCCACUAACUAUUUCUUGUAUCGUUGGCUGUUCCGUCUUAUUGUCUUCACCGCCCCAUAUCCUGUAGGCUGCUGACCAAAAAGGAUUUUAACAGCUAAGCUUCAGUACUGUGACUGCCAAUCCUACUACUACUAUCUCCUAUUCUUUCAUCAAACGUUUUUGAGAUAGUGAUCCUCAUUGCUGUCGGCCGUAUCAGACAUGACCUCUCUGCUUGUACUGCAUCUCAUGACAUCAUCGCUGAUCGAGCCGCAUCCGGUGACGUCGCCGCUGAUUGAACUGCAUCUGAAUGACUGAUGGCGUUGUUGUCGAUUGAACAGGCUUACCCAAUGACGUCAUCAUUGACCUGGAAGCCAAUACAGAGCUGUGUGUGGAUUACGAAGUGAUGUGACGUCCAGUCCAUGAGGCUAACCGAGGCCAUUGCUACAUAUAUCAAGUAUGAUUUGUACAUACCAGUAGAACAUAAUGCCAAUGUCUGUGCGACUGUACACCGUGGAGGUUGGUUGACACGUCAAAUUCCAGGCAAGAGAUUAUAGGUUUACCGUUCAGUAGGUUUAGUGCUUUAGCUUUUGUCCAUAGUUGUAUGUUCAUACCUCUGUGUGUUUGUGAUGUCACAGUAGUAUGUAUGUGUGUGUGUGUGCCGAGUUUUUUUUUGUCGCUACUACUUCUGAGUUACAUCACUGCCUGCCUGUCUGGCAAUGCCACCAUGGCUGUGUCAUCUCUGUCUUUCUCUGUAGGUUUGUGUCUGUCUACUCCAUCUCUGGGUAUUCUGUAUGCCGACUCACUGUGUAUACUGUCUAACGUUAGGUCUCUGCUGUGACAUGUACGAGUAGAUGGAAGUUACAUGUAUGUACCUGUGUACCUGCGUGUCUAUCUAGGUCUCUGCUGUCUUGUGUCUGGCCCCACCACAGUGUAUUGCUGUGUUGGAAGCUGUUUUACAGAAUUAUAGACAUGAUGUGCUGUUCGAAA